AUGAAAUUCGCGAAGGAUGUGUUCGCGGGGACGUGCGGCGGGGUCACGGUGACGCUGCUGGGGCACCCGUUCGACACGGUGAAGGUUUUGUUGCAGACGCAGAGCAGUAAGAAUCCGGUGUACUCGGGGGCGGUGGACGCGGCGAGCAAGGUGAUCAAGGCGGAGGGCGUGGGAGGAUUGUAUCGUGGGGUGACGUCGCCGCUCGCGGGACAGAUGUUCUUCCGGGCGACGCUGUUUUUUGCGUACGCGCGCGCGAAGGAAUUCGUGGGGGUGUCUCCGGAGGACCCGCUGAGUUACGCGAAGGCGGGCGCGAUGGCGUGGUUGGCGGGGACGUUCUUUGAGUCUCCGAUCGAUUUGUACAAAUCGCAGUGGCAAUGUCAACUCGUCAAGGCGAAGGCUGAUCCCACGUACAAGUCGCCGUACGGAAGCGUGGUGGACGUCGUCAAGGAGUCGUGGAAGUACAACGGCGUUCGCGGGCCGUACCAGGCGUUUCACGCGACGAUGGCGCGGAACUUGCCCGCCGGCGCGGUGUACUUUGGGGUGUUUGAAAACGUGAAGAACUCGUUCGCGAAGACGAACGAGGAUGGAAAAGCGACGAACGCGCAAAUUAUUUUAUCCGGAGGCAUCGGUGGUUUCUUUUACUGGUCGUUGUUCUAUCCCAUCGACGUCAUCAAGAGCGCCUUGAUGACGGACGCCGUGAACCCGGCCAAGCGCAAAUUUACCGGAUUCUUCGAUGCCGCGGGCAAGCUGUACGCCUCGGGCGGCGUCAAGGCUUUUUACAGAGGCCUUGUCCCGUGUCUCUUGCGCGCGUCUCCCGCCAACGCGGGUAUGCUCUUCACGGUGGACUACAUUCGGCGCAUCAUAGAUUGA